AUGACUGGCUGCAGUUCCUAUCUCCAAGGAUGCCGCAGCGUCCCCAUGGGCCCGGCCACCACCCUCUGCUCCUCAGACGUGUAUGGUCCAUGUGGAGUCUGCCUGCCCAGCACCUGUCCACAUAGGAUCAGUCUUCUUCAGCCCGCCUGCUGUGUCACUUGCCCCCCACCCUGCUGUGUGCCUGAUUCCUAUGUGUCCUCGUGUUGGCUGCUCGACAAGGGCUACCCUGCCCCAGACCUGAAAGGUAUCUCUGUUUCCACCUGUGUCAACCCUUGCGCUUGUGAACCCUCCUGCUGCUAA